CUGAUUACGUUGAACCAGAUGCGGGCGGCGGAGGAAUUGAGUGCGGAGCAGGCGAGGGAGCUGCAGUUUGAUUUGAAUGCCGCUUAUGAUGGGUUUAAGGGGGUGUUGGAGUGAGCGGCGCAAUAUUGAUUGAGCUAAUCAAAUUGCUUUGCGGAUGAUGGCGUCGCUUUCGACAAAGAUGGCCGGAGUUAGCUCGGUGUUAAUCCGGCUGGAGCUCGCAUCUUCACCCAACCCGCCAAAAUGCACGAAGCGAUGAGUUAUGGAUUGAUGGCAGACGAUACAUCUCGUCGUACUAUUGCAGACUUACGCUUGGAAGAUGGAGAAGAUCAAAUACUGGAUGUCCUCGACCUCCCCCAACUCUACACCAAACCCUCCGCCAGCACUCUCCUCGCCACUCUCGACGAUCUACGCUCUGAACCUUCAUCAUGGGACACCACCCCGCGUACCGGCACCCCGCGAACACCCUUGAGCGGAACCUCCACGCCUCUCCAAACCAGGAAGAGACGCAAGAUCAUCGUCAAAAGCGAAAGCGUAGCGCUAGCGCAAUACCUCACCCGCAUCAUUUCCAGCCCCUUGACAUGGAUCGACGAUGACGAGGAGAAAGAGCGGAUGUGGGAGACGGCGGCAAAGCGUUUGAGUGAGCGGAGUGGAAGGGCGGGGAUGGGCGGGUUUAGUAGGACGUUCGUGAUCCCAUUACAUCCACCUAUGACGACCAGCGGGAGGAAUAACACCGGCGUGGGUAUAGUCGAAGAACGACUUGCUGUGUCUGGAAUGGAUUCAGAAGAGGUUGAGGAGGACGAGGUGGUAGAAAUCACCCUCCACGAACCAGCCCUAACCGCCGACAACCUCGGUCUGAAAACCUGGGCUUCAUCCCACUUACUCGCGAAACGGCUCUGCAGACUCCGCGACAGCAACAGCCUCCCGUGUCUUCUCGAUCCAGACGCGCGGGUACUGGAACUCGGCUCCGGAACGGGACUCGUAGGCUUAGCCGCCGCCGCCGUCCUGCAAGCCAAAGUCCUGCUCACGGAUUUACCAGCCAUUGUGCCGAAUCUGGAGCGCAAUAUCCGUGAAAAUGCCGCGAUGGUAUCGAGGCGUGGCGGGCGGGCUGAGGUUGGGGUGUUGGAUUGGGAGGACCCUGGUGGAUUGGAGUUUACGUGUCCUUCUUCCUCCUCCUCUUCUUCUCUCUUUGACUCGGACUUGAACUCGGACUUGAACUCGGACUCGGACUUGGACGGGCAGCGGCAGCAGCAGCAGCGACAACCACAACGAGAAGAGCAGCAGUGCCAGCGGCGAUACCCUUCACACUCAUUCUCCCUGAUCCUAGCCGCGGACCCCAUCUACUCCCCCGAUCACCCACGCUUACUCGUCCAAACGAUAGCUUACCACCUCUCUCGCGACCACGAGCACGCGAGAGUCGUGGUCGAGAUGCCAUUGCGGGAGGGCUAUGCGGGUGAGCGGGAAGAUUUCCGGGAGCGGAUGGUGGGGUUGGGGUUGAGGGUGUUGGAGGAGGGAGUAGAGCGGGGGGUUGAUGAUUGGGGUGGAGCGUCGUCGGGUGAUGGGUUUGGUGGGGAGGUAGAGGAUGAGGAGGGGCCAGGGGUGGAUGGGGAAGGGGAGGGAUGGGAAGGGGAAGGGGAGGGAGUUGUGAGAUGUUGGUGGAGUGUUUGGGGGUGGGGGUGAAGGAUGACCCAUACUAUGAUUUCGACGUAUACAUAUCUGAUGCGUGUUGCUGAACGAAAGACGGACAAAACAGAAGACUAGAGGCGGCGAGAGUGAGUGACUCUUCCACUUACCAUCACUCGAUUGUAACUGUCUUCCACAAUCAUCACGCCGGCGCGAGGGUCCAUUCAACGCGGUGAUGUGGUGCAAUUGACCUCUACCCGGCCCCUCCUCCCUCGUACAUGUACCUCUUGCGUCCUCAACGUCAUGAAGCAGUGACUGCUUACCACCUUUACACAAGCUUUCAAUCAUACCCAACUCGG